UGCAUGUGGUUGCUUAUAAAGCCCAGAUUUGGAAGAACAAGCUUUUGCAUUCUAACUCGAACUCCUCUCCCUUUGCCACUCAUCAUUUACUCGAUCAAAUCCCAUUAAGAAAUGGGACCUCUCGAUCGUAUCGGAACAAAAAGUCCACUCCGUCUUCUCCUCAUAAUGCUUUUCCUCUUGAGCUACAAUCCGAUCAAGCAUUCUGUUGAAGGUAGAUCAUUGCUUACGCUUCUUGAGGUUGCAAGUGGAAGGGGAGGGGAGAAGGCGACGGUAAGAGCCUUGGUUGGAUCAAGACCACCAAUCUGCGAGAGGAGGUGCAUCACAUGUGGCCAUUGUGAAGCAGUUCAGGUGCCAGUAAUCCCACAAGAAAAGAAGAGUCGAAGCAGGCAAUUCUUGGGUACGGCCACCGUGAGGGGUGACUACAGCUCCAACUACAAGCCCCUGAGCUGGAAAUGCAAAUGUGGAGACUUGAUCUUUGAUCCGUGAGACUCGAAAAGUGAGCCACUACCAGAUUAAUGUCCUGUAGAUAAUAAUACUUGAUGGAUUCCUUCUUUUCUUGUUGGAUCUCUUCUUGAACCUGGGUUGUUUUGUGUGUCAAGUAUGGAUGUGGAGGUCAUCUGUCUGCUUUUCAGUCUUCCCUGUAAUCCAUCUCCUUUUCUUUCUUUUUAUCAGACAUCAUCAUGUUGCCUUC